AUGCGAGCAGAAAAGUCUGAAAAAGAACAUAAUCGUAAUGUUUUAAAACGUCUAAUUGAUGUAUCCCUAUUUCUUGCAAAAAAUGGUCUCCCAUUUAGAGGACAUAAAGAAAAAUUGAAUGAUGGAAAAUCAAAUAAUGGACUGUUUUUAGAACUUGUUAAGCUUAUAGCAAAUUAUGAUGCAGUAUUAUGUAAACAUCUAUUAGAGUCAAAAAGAAACCAAACUUACCUAAGUAAUUUAAUUCAAAAUGAUAUAAUUGAAGCUAUGGCUCAAGAAACGUUACAGUUAAUAUUGAAAGAAGUAAAGAUAGCAAAAUAUUUUUCUAUCAUAAUUGAUUCAACUAUUGAUAUCAGUCGAGAUGAUCAAUUUUCCUUAAGUAUACGAUUAGUGGAUCAAGGUGGAAUAAUUAGAGAACAUUUUUUGUGUUUUGAGGAGUUACCAGGGGCUUCUGCAGAUAACUUUUUUGAUGUUCUUAAAAAAUGUUUAAAAAAAUUUGAUUUAGAUUUUUCUAUGUGUAGAGGUCAGUCGUAUGAUAGUGCUAGUACAAUGUCUGGCCGUUAUUCUGGUCUACAAUCAAAAGUCAAAGAAUUAUCACCCCUUUCUUUGUACAUUCAUUGCUGUGCUCACAAUCUAAAUUUAGUUUUAAUUGAUUCUAUCAAAUCUUCCAUCGAUGCAGUUUCCUUAUUUGGUACUUUAGAAUCAUUGUAUACUUUUUUAACUAGCAGUUUGCCUAGAUUGCAUAUUUUGGAAGAAGAACAAAAAAAACAAGUAGAAGGUAUUGUUUUGACAUUGAAAAAACUUUCAGAGACAAGGUGGGCUAGUCAUAAACGUGCUGUAGAUGCAGUUUAUUUUAGUUUACCUGCAAUUGUUAAAACAUUAAAGAAAAUUAGCAAAGGAGAAAUUCCUAAUACAAAACAAAAAACUGUUUCUGAAGCUCAGGGUUUACUUUUACAUAUAAUAAAUUUUAAAUUCAGUUUUUUUUUAAUUAUGUGGAGAACAAUUUUAGACAAAGUAUACAUAUCAUCAAAUUAUUUACAGAACUCUUCAAUUAAUCUAUUAACAGCUCAUAGCAUGAUUCAAGCUUGUUUUAUUGAUAUUGACUCUAUGAGAACAAUUGAAGUAUUCAUGGAAGUUAAAGAAAAGGCAAUAGUGUUUUGCAAUGGAUUUGACGGUAGAAAGCAGUUUGAUGAACCUAGAUGUAAAAAAAUAAAAACCAAUUUUGGUGAAAGUACAGAAGUUCAGUCAAUAAGUUCAGUUGAUGAGCGAUUUAGGAUCAAUACUUAUUUUGUCAUUUUAGAUGCAUUUACCAAUGUUUUAAAAUAUCGCUUUGAAGAUUUUUCUAGUAUUGUAAGAAAAUUUGAAAUCCUUGAUCCAAAAAAAUCUUUUGAAAGUAGACCCAGUAAUGAAAUUUUAGUUGAACCCCUUAUAGAACUUUCUACAUUUUAUCAAGUAGAUGUUGAACAAGAAAAUCUUAUUUUGGAGUACAAGUCGUUUUGUUCUAUGUAUAACCAAUUAAUUGCAGAAAUAAAAAAUAAAAAAGUAUUUGACAACAAUAUGUUAAAAUUCAUGAUUGAAAAUGAUAUGAUUUCUUCAUAUCCAAAUUUAUCAACAUUGUAUAAAAUAUAUUAUACUCUGCCUAUAAGUAGUGCAACUGCAGAAAGGUCAUUUAGUAGGUUGAAGCUUAUAAAAACAUACCUCCGUUCUACAAUUGCUGAGGAUAGGUUGUCUAACUUGGCGGUUUUAAGCAUAGAAAGAAAUGUUGCUGAAGAUAUGGAUUACAACAAUGUUAUUGAAACAUUUGCCAAAAUGAAGAAAAGAAGAAAAACUUUUUAG